AUGGCUCGCGUCAUUGUCGUCGGCGGAGGCCUCUCGGGCCUCAGCGCCGCCCACACCCUCUACGAGCGCGGCUCCAACGUCCUCGUCCUCGACAAGAACCCCUUUUUCGGCGGCAACUCGACAAAGGCCACGUCGGGCAUCAACGGCGCCGGCACAAACGUCCAGGCCGAGCACAACGUUCCGGACUCGGCCAAGGUCUUUUUCGAAGACACCAAGAGGUCGGCGCGUGACCUCGCGCGCGACGACCUGAUCAAGGUCCUCACGGGCAACUCGGCCAGCGCCAUCCACUGGCUGCAGGACGCCUUUGAGCUGGACCUGUCCAAGGUGUCGCGCCUCGGCGGCCACUCGCAGCCCCGCACGCACCGCGGCGGCCAGCGCUUCCCCGGCAUGGAAAUCACCCAGGCCCUCAUGGAGAAGCUCGAGGACCUCUCCGAGUCGGACCCGGAGCGCAUCCAGAUCCUGCGCAAGGCGCGCGUCGAGAAGCUCAUCUACGAAAACGGCGAGGUGCAGGGCGUCGAGUACUCGUACCAGGGCCAGACGCACAAGGAGCUCGGCCCCGUCGUCCUCGCCACGGGCGGAUACGCCGCCGACUUUGACGACGUCAACUCGCUCCUCAAAAAGUACCGCCCCGACAUCAUCCACCUGCCCACCACCAACGGCGACCACUGCACCGGCGACGGCCACAAGAUGGUCGCCUCGCUCGGCGGCCGCCUCAUCGACCUGGAAAAGGUCCAGGUCCACCCGACGGGCCUCGUCGACCCCAAGGACCCCGACGCCAAGGUCAAGUUCCUCGCCGCCGAGGCGCUGCGCGGCGUCGGCGGCCUGCUCCUCGACAACGAGGGCAACCGCUUCGCCGACGAGCUCGGCCACCGCGACUACGUCACCGGCCGCAUGUGGGACAACGACAAGUUCCCCGUCCGCCUCAUCCUCAACGAGCAGUCGUCCAAGGAGAUCGAGUGGCACUGCAAGCACUACACCGGCCGCGGCCUCAUGAAGCGCUUCGACAACGGCCGCGACCUCGCAAAGGAGAUGAAGAUCCCCGUCGAGAAGCUCGAGGCCACCUUCAAGGACUACGAGGCCAUCGCCCGCGGCGACAAGAAGUGCCCCUGGGGAAAGAAGUUCUUCUCCAACGCCGACUUUAAGCUCGACCAGCCCUUUUACGUCGCCCUCAUGACCCCCGUCCUGCACUACACCAUGGGCGGCCUCGAGAUCGACCCCAAGUCCCAGGUCAUCGACACCCAGGGCAAGCCCAUCCCCGGCCUCUUUGCCUGCGGCGAGCUCGCCGGCGGCGUCCACGGCGCCAACCGCCUCGGCGGAUCCUCGCUCCUCGGAUGCGUCGUCUUUGGCCGCGUCGCCGGCGACACCGCCUCGAGCUACCUCCUCCACCGCCUCGUCACCGGCAAGGCCGUCGCCCGCGCCGGUCAGAUCGCCAACCACCUCGAGACCCGCGUCCGCGCAGACCCCAACAGCCACACCAUCACCCUCGAGUUUGGCUUCUCCGGCGCCGGCGCCGCCGGCCAGCAGCAGCAGCAGCAGCAGCAGCUCACCUCGGCCACCCCCUCGCCCGUCGCCCAGGGCCAGGUCUCGGCACAGCAGGCUCAGACCUCGAGCGCCGCCCCCCAGAAGCAGGAGAAGCCCGCCGAACAGAAGGAGUACACCAUGGACGAGGUCGCCAAACACAACACCAAGGACGACGUCUGGGUUGUCGUUGAGGGCAAGGUCUUGGAUGUCACCAGCUUCCUGCCCGACCACCCCGGCGGAGACAAAGCAAUUCUCUUGUAUGCUGGCCGUGACGCGACAGAGGAGUUCUUGAUGCUUCAUGAUCCGAAGGUGCUCCACAAAUACGCGUCACACACGAUCAUUGGUACGGUGAAGCAGUAG